GGUUGCUGUGGAGGCUUCUCCAUCAGAGCGCACAGCAGUGCCAAAGCAUCCCUGCAGAGGUAGCUUAAAGAUGGAUGCUCCCAAAGAAGUUCAGCCUACAGGAGAGUUCACAUGUCAGCUAUGUAACUUAACGGCUCCAUACACGUACUAUGGGCAGAAGCCACCAUACACACGCUUUAUUGUGCUUUUGGAAGAAAGCUACGUCAUGAAGGAUCCUUUCACCCCUGACAAAGACAAAUUCCUCAUCCUUGGGUCUCAUUGCAGUUUGUGUAGAAGAUCAGUGUGUGUUGGUACAGAAUGUAGUCUGUUCUACUCGAAAAGGUUCUGCCUCCCUUGUGUGAAUGAAAACCUAAAAGCCUUUCCUUUGGAAAUACAAGAAGAUAUGGAUAAAAGGAAGGCCCAAGAAAAAUCCUCCUGCAAAAAACCGGAUACAAGAACAUAAAUACUGAACAACCAAGAGAGACAGUUCUUUGGCCAGGGUUUCUCCUCUUUCCCUUUGGAGACUAUCAUGUUGCUCCUUUUAAAGAAGUGACCUUCAUCAUCUCACUACUACAGAACACAGUUACACAUUUCCUUACAAUUGGCUUGGCUUCAAACAUUGUCAUGCAGCGACUGAAGUGCAAGCAGUAUGGCCUGAAGGUGUUGAAGAGCCAGAAAGAAAGGCAGACAAGCCUGUUGUCAUCAUGCAAAGCGCAUGUAGUAAAAAACUGAGCAGUGUAUAGGAUAGGAACCAUGUCCCAGUUUUCACAUUUGUUAGUUUAAUGUUUUGUAUUGUUCUUGACACUCCUACAGUGUUAUGAAAAUCUGGGACAGAUUUCUCUGGCUUAAUUCAGUAUACGUCCAAGAAUGUCAGUGUACACCAAUUGUUAACGUGACACAGCUGCCCUGAUAAGAUUACAUUAAGCAUGGAAUUCAAAGCUUUAUUUUUAAGUCUAAAAUAAAAUAGUUACAAGAAAAUGUCACAGAUGCCCAUAGCAAUACCUAGAUUCUUCAAGAUUAGAAUAUCAAUACUAUCACAGCAUUAGACUUCUAAAAGUAGGUGAUCUUGUAAUAGAAUACCAGUAUAAUAAUAAAAGAAAGAUACAAGUUA